GAAGGAGAAGGAGAAGAAGGAGAAGAAGAAGAAGAAGAAGGAGAAGAAGAAGAAGAAGAAGAAGAAGAAGAAGAAGAAGAAGAAGAAGAAGAAGAAGACGAAGAAGAAGAAGAAGAAGAAGAAGAAGAAGAAGAAGAAGAAGAAGAAGACGAAGAAGAAGACGAAGAAGAAGAAGAAGAAGAAGAAGAAGAAGAGGAAGAAGAAGAAGAAGAAGAAGAAGAAGAAGAAGAAGAAGAAGAAGAAGAAGAAGAAGAAGAAGAAGAAGAAGAAGAAGAAGAAGAAGAAGAAGAAGAAGAAGAAGAAGAAGAAGACGAAGAAGAAGAAGAAGAAGAAGAAGAAGAAGAAGAAGAAGAAGACGAAGAAGAAGACGAAGAAGAAGAAGAAGAAGAAGAAGACGAAGAAGAAGACGAAGAAGAAGAAGAAGAAGAAGAAGAAGAAGAAGAUGAAGAGGAAGAUGAAGAAGAAGAAGAAGAAGAUGAAGAAGAAGACGAAGAAGAAGAAGAAGAAGAAGAAGAAGAAGAAGAAGAAGAAGAAGAAGAAGAAGAAGAAGAAGAAGAAGAAGAAGAAGAAGAAGAUGAUGAUGAUGAUGAUGAAGAAGAUGAUGAAGAGGAAGAUGAAGAGGAAGUAGAAGAA